AUGAGACCUGUAAAGUGUGUUGUGGUUGGUGAUGGAGCUGUUGGCAAGACUUGUCUCCUCAUCAGUUUUACGUCGAAUGUAUUUCCAAACGAAUAUAUUCCAACAGUAUUUGAAAAUUAUAAUACUGUUCUAAUGGUUGAUGAUAUGAAAGUGAACUUGGGACUUUGGGACACUGCUGGACAAGAGGAGUAUGAUCGUUUGAGACCUCUUUCUUACCCAGGAACAUCAGUUUUUCUUUUGUGUUUCUCUGUGAUAUCACCUGCGUCUCUUGAUAAUAUAUCUGGAAAGUGGAAACCAGAAGUAGAACAGCAUUGUCCCGAUGCUCCAAUAAUACUUGUGGGAACCAAAAUGGAUUUACGAGAAGAUCCAAAUUGUGUUGAAAAAAUGAGAAAUAUGGGAAUUGAGCCCAUUUUUAUAGAAAGGGGAAGUCAAACAGCACAAGAAAUUGGAGCGGUCAAAUACCUCGAGUGUUCUGCCCUUACUCAACAAAAUUUGAAAUUGGUGUUUGAAGAAGCUGUACGAGCUUAUGUGACCAAAUCAAGUCAAAUUGAAAACAGCAAGUCUCACAAAAGUCACAAAAACAAGUGUUCAUUGUUUUAA